UGUAUAAAAUUUCCUGUUACCCAAUCCAAUACAUUGGAUGGUGUGGAUGUUCCGUGACAGAUAUAAAUCUUUUGUAUUUUGUAGUAAGCAGAUCAAUGGAGGAAUAAUUACAAAAUAAAUAACAAUUUAGUUCAAUUACUGGUGCGGACAUGCUCAUUACACCAGCGACAGUGUUUAAUUACAAUUUCACAUGGUAGCGUCAUCAAAUAUUCAAUUUGCUGUAGAGCGAGCUGAAUCAAUGAAUGAGAUAGACAAUAUACUGUUUACAGUGUGAUUUUGUUUGGGAGUACUGCCGUAACAUCAGACAUUGCUGUUUUCAUUUUCUCUCAGAUUUAAUAUUUCUGUGGACUUGGAUGUAUUUAUGCAAUGCUGGAGUUGGAUUAUCCAAUGGAAAUGUCCAUAUCAAUUUCACAGAUUGCAAUAAACGGACGUCGCAUGACGUUACUAAUCAGACGUCACUCACCUUAAAGGAUGAUGCGAACGGGGCCAUGCAGUAUACGGUGGCAGUUGUGUUUGUUUAUAGUAUAGCUGUACUCGGUGUAUUUGGCCUUGGACUAUACAACCGCAGGAAACACCGACGAAAUCACGUGGACAACGAAACACGAGCGUUCUUGAAAAAUUACGAGGACGUGAGACGAAUAUGUGAACAGAAGUCACGUCUAGGUGCUAUACAAGCUUUGUUACAUCAAAUUCACAACGAACAAAUGACAAAUUGUACCGACUCUUCAGUCAAUAACCUUGCCCUUCUGCCAUUUUCUCUUUCGAACAUAAGUGAAAACACUUUGACAGAUUUUGUUGUCGAUGGAGUAACGGAGUCAAACAAAAAACUACUGGACGAAGGAACACAUAAACCAGAAAAAGGAAAAGGUUCUCCAGCGCGCGCGAAACUGACAUUGCUUGGUAGUUCACGAAGGUCAUAUAAGGAAUGCAAGCGAUGCUGGUCAAGACGGGGUGUCGUGACAACUUAUGACAAAUGCAUGUGUCGGUUUUACGACGACUUAGUUACAGGUGAUAGUGGUCAGCUUACUGAAACUGUUGACUUAUCGAACAUUGAAGAGAUGCAUAUAAAUUCGGAAAAUUGUGAAAAGACAUUUAACAAUGUGUCAUUUCAGUAAAUUUUUUUUAGAAUGUAUUCAGUAUACAUAAUGCAUAAUCACACUACAUGCGGUAAAGGAGUGGAAAAGCAGAAUGAACUGCAAGCUGGAAAAAAAAAGACCUAAAUCAACGAAAGGAUACAUAUUACAUAAAUAUAGUACUAGAGGUCAGUAAAAGACACAAAAAAAUAAUAAUCCUGCCUUGCACUUGUCUAUUUACCUGUACGACAUCAGUCAAAAGGAACAAUGAACUAACUAAAUGGUUAAAAAUUUAGUGAUGAGUCACUUCAUUGUAAUGUCAAUUUUCAAGGUAAACACUGACGAGUUUUUUUUUUCUUGUUUUUUUUUAUAUAUAUAUAUAUAAGAUGUGUGAUAUGGUACAAAUAAUAUUAUGUCUAAAUUUCUGCUUAAACAGUGGAUCUGAAAUUAUUGUAGUAGACUGUAUUGGAUAACUAUUUUGGAGUCAGAUCAAUUCUUCUUGCACUAAUUGGGUAUUAAAUAUUUAUCAGUGACUUGGUAGGUAGGUUUAUGUCUAAAUUCUGUUUAAAUGGUGGAUCUGAAUUUAUUUUAUUGGACUUAAAACAUCAUCAUAUUCCUGAUAUCAUACAAUAUGUAUAUAUUGGAAAACUUUUUCGAAGUAAGAUAAUUUUCUUGUAUUAAAUAUUUAUCAGUGACUUGACAGGUAGGACUAGGCUACAUGGAAAUUAAAUAAGAAAUUUCAGAGAAUCUUAAACCAAAUCAAGACUUUAGUAUUAUACUUGGUCUCAGCACUCAACUUAGGUUUUUACUGUUUUUCAUAAUUUAAACUUAAGAUACCAUCUCUAUGUUAGAUUUUUGAUCCGCUACAUGAUUUGUUUGUGAAUUUUAUCUUGAGCAAGAUUUUUUUUGAAUAUAAGUUGUACAUUAUUUUAUGAUGCUGAAUAAAACAUGAAAAUACAAGUCUAGGUGUGGUGAUCGAAACUUUUGAAUUUAAGGAUAAUAAAUAAUACUUUUACUUCAACAUUGUCGAGAGGUAGUUGUCAUCUUGCAGUGUUCAACGACUGCUGUCUUUUACUUAUAAUCCUUGAGGAUGCAUCUGAAGAGGGUCAUUACACGCAGCUUCAAACAGAUGUUUUGAAUUUCAAGUUCAAAAUUGUAUUUCUACAAAACAGCAUGUUUUCUAUAUGUGGUGACAUCUGUAAUGUACAAUGCAACUUUCAGUGCAUGUGCAAUCGACAGAUUUUUAGAAUUGUUCUCCUUUUACUAUAUAGCACUGCAGACAUUCGGAAAAUAUCAACACAACCAUAAAGACUAUAAAAUUGCGCAUUAAGCUAAUAAAAUGUGUCUGUGUUAAUGCAAAACUGUUCGACACACAAAAUGUUGAUUGAAUAAUGACUGCCUAUUUUACGGAUUUGAAUUAAAUAUAAUCAAACCGACAAAUAAUGAAAUAAAAACUAAUUUGUUCAUUUCCCAAAA